ACGUAACAUAAACUAUAGAUUUUCAGUACCGGCAGUGAAUUUCGGAAUGCAGCUAUAGAUUAAUGUAAUUUGACACGUGGGAAAAAAGUGGAAAUUUCGCACGUGGAAAUCGAGCGAUUUAAAAACUUUUAUAUUUAAAAUUAUCUCCAUAGCGCGCUUGCAUUAGUAAUUUUAUAAAAUAAAUAUUUCAAUUUUGACAAUGAAGAGGCAAAAGAUACAUAAGAAGAAUCAUAAAAUGAUUACUAUGAAAAAGGACUUGAAUAAGAUAACUACAAAAGAAUUCUUUGAACACGUCAUUGAAAAUGAUAUGGACAGUGACAAUAAUGAGCAAAAUGAAGAGAAAGAUGAUAAAAGCUUUGAACAGGAAGAUAGUGAUAGUGGUGAAAGUAAUCUAGAUCCAGCUGAGCAUAAAAUUUCAUUAAUGAAAUUAAAAGACACAGAUCCAGAAUUUUAUAAAUACUUAAAAGAAAACGACAAGAAUCUUUUGGAGUUUAAAGUAUCUGAUGAUGAAGAUGACGAUGAUUCAAUAAAUAACUUAGAUAACAAACAUGUUCCUGAUGAAAAUUUAGAGGUUGCUAGCGAUGACAGUGAUUUUGAACCAGAGGAAACUGACAUCACUGAAGAUGGUUCUAAAAAAAAAAUUACAUUACAAUUGCUGAAAAUUUGGCAGGAAAAAAUACAUACAGACAAAUCAUUAACUACUAUCAAAUGCGUCGUGGAUGCUUUUCAUGCAGCUAUGGAAACUGUUGCUGAGUCAGCUGAUACAACCACAUUGCAGUAUAAAGUAGAAGGAAGUGCAGUAUUUAAUGGUGUAGUACAAUUAUGUAUAAUGCACUUACCUGAUGCUUUUAAGUGCUUCUUGAAGCUUGACUCAACAUCUAAAGAAGUGCAUAAAUGUAAGAGAUUUCCAAAAGUACGUGGUAUCUUAAAAUCAUACUUGGUGGAUUUAAUUAAGAUAAUACAAAGUGUAACGUCAGCCAAUAUCAUCACAGUGCUUCUAAAGCAUCUUUAUCAAAUGUUACUUUAUACUCAGUCAUUUUCAUCCCUAACAAAACCAUUACUAAGAAUCUUGUUAAAACUAUGGUCAACUGGAGAAGAAAAUGUUCGCGUCGUAGCUUUCAUAAAUAUAUUUCGUAUCGCAACAAAUCAUGCAGGAUCUGUACUGGAAAUGCUAUUAAAGACUAUGUAUGUGAAAUAUGUGGAGAAUGCAAAAUUUGUUUCACCUAACACACUACCUGAGAUAAAUUUCAUGAGGCAUUCUUUGGCUGAGAUUUAUUUGCUUGAUGAUAAUCUUUCCUACAGUCACGCCUUCCUUUAUAUCAGGCAAUUAGCCAUUCAUUUAAGAAAUGCUACAACACUAAAAAAGAAGGAAAAUUUUCAAGCUGUAUAUAAUUGGCAAUAUAUAAAUUCUUUACGCUUUUGGACGGAAUUAAUAACUAAGUUAAAGAAACAAUCGAAUCUGCGAUCUUUGUUAUAUCCAUUAGUACAGAUAAUUACGGGAACGAUAAAAGUCAUCCCCACUGCGCAAUAUUAUCCAUUGCGAUUCCACUGUGUGCAGAUGUUAAUCACGAUUUCUAAGGAGACUGAAACGUUUAUACCAGUUUUACCGUUCCUUCUUGAGAUAUUGAAUUCCUAUGAUUUUAACAAAAAACACAAGACAGUAUCAAUGAAACCUGUAUCGCUUAUGUGUAUAUUGAGAAUGUCAAAAUCUCAACUCGCGGAAAACGGUUUUAAAGAUAGUGUCAUCGAAACCGUCUAUCAACUCAUACUGGAAAAUGCAGCUAAUGAAAGCCACACAAUAUAUUUUCCAGAUGUAUAUAUUCCUAGUGUAAUACAGUUAAAAGCAUUCCUAAAGAAGUGUCGCGUGGCGAGUUACUGCCGAAAAAUCAAACAGCUCUUAGACAAAAUUGAAGAAAAUAGGAAAUACAUUGAAACCGAGCGUAUGAAGAUAUCUAUUGAUUUAAGAAAUACGGAAGAGAUCACAAAUUGGGAGAACAUGAUAAAGACGGGUGGCACCGCGAUAGCCAAGUUUUACGCUUCGUGGAUCAAACUUCAUGAAUCACAAAAACUGAAACUGCUUACGAAAACCGAGGAAGUAUCGGAAUACAAACUGCCUGUUCUGAAGAAAUCGAAGAAACGAGAACACGAUGAACAGUUUGAGGAAGACAGUGAAGAAGAAAGCGAAUUUGAAUUUCAGAUAAAAGAAUCGAACAGUGAUGCCAAAAAAGAGCCAGUAACAAGUAAGCCGAGCAAAUCAAACAAAAGAAAAAUAAAAAAACACAAAAAGGAUAUUGAAGAUGAAGAUUUGCCGAGAGAAAAUACGGACAUUAUUCAAGAUAUAAAUAGUGACGAUUGGAACUAAAAAUACAUGUAAAAAAAUAAACAUAUGUAUUUAUGUUUAUUUUAAAUAAUAUAAAUCAGUGAAGCUUUAAAUAAACUUUUACUCUUUAAUAGCAUAAUUAGAAAACGAUUAUAACAUUAUUCUAAACUUUAAUUUUGAAUUUAAAAUUUUUUCUGUACAGGUAUUAUAGCUUUUACUAUCUUAUAUAUUAGACUAUGUCUAGUGGAAAAUGGUAGUUUGAAUACAAUCUUUUUAGAUCUUUAGGAUAAUUAUCCUUAGCAUUUUUAUUAAACCAUUUAUAAGAAUGGUUUAAUAAGUCUGUUUAGUGAUAUAAUAGGUUUGAUUCUCUAGUGUAACAUGCUUUUAUAGUGUU